UUUGUGGGCUGCAAUGUAGGAAGUGAAGGAGCUCAAUUUACUCCACUGAAUUGGGAAAUUCGGUGGGGAAUCGCUCUUUGUACAGCCAAGGCAGUGGCCUCAGUUCACACUCAUAUCACAAAACAUGGGGAUUCCCUUGUCUGUGGGGUGAUCAAGUCUUCCAAUAUCUUGAUCCGCACAGACUUCUCUGCAUGCCUUUCUGGCUAUGAAAUCCCUUACCUUGUACCUGCCAGAACAAUCAUCAGAAGGAAUCCUCGUCGAGUAGCGCCAGAACUACUUUCUAGUCAUAGCUACUCACCAAUGUUCACUAAGAAGUCUGAUGUUUACAGCUUUGGAGUGCUGCUUCUUGAACUCAUCACAGGGGAGAAGCCCUCAGUGACCAACUUAGCAGAGUAUGUAAGAGAGAAGAAAAAGAAGGAAGGAUGGACAGGGGUAUUCGAUAAGAAAUUGGGAAAUGUUACAGACAAUAUGCAUAAAAUGUAUGUAAUUGCAAAGCGUUGCCUUUCAUAUAAUCCAAAUGAGAGGCCUCCCAUGAAGAGAGUGGUGCAAGAGAUUCAAGAAUUGAAGUAGUGAAACCAUGUUUUGCUUCUGGAUGGGAUGUUUAAUCGUGCUUAAACGUCUCCCUACUAAAAAAUAACAGCAAUUUCUUGUAAAGAAAUGAAAUCACAAUCAGAAAGGAAAGACUAGACGUUUUCUUGUGUUUGAUUUCCUGAUUCUUUUGACCAUUUUCUUCGAAACCUCAGGAGGUUCAACCAGUUAUGAAUCUUAUGAUCAAAUGCCUUCUUUUUUAUAAAAAGGGCUU